CACCGCGCCCGGCCCUUGCUGCACUGUAUACAAAUAAACAGAUCAAGUAUAAUACAGCAAAUCAGUCUUAUCAUGAUUUGUCUAGUAAAAAUGGGAAACUGGGGAGAGAAAAAAUGUAUUUCAAAAAACUGUAGUACACUUGUUGGUAGAUUCUAGUCUUGCCUAAUGUUUUUCAAUUUUUAUUAUUUUUUACAGUUUGGACUGAAUUCUAAUUUUUCUUGGCUGUAAGUCUUCAAAAUAAUGUUUUCAAUUUUUUUUCUUCUUUUCCACCUCCACUUUUCCUAAUUUGGAGUCACUGAAAACUAAGCUGUGCUUUUGUAAAGCCCUGCAGACUGAAGCUAGACAACUUAAUCUUCAGAAGAAAAUAAUGGCAACCUAUUUACAUACGUUCCUGAUAUGGAGCUUCUAAAACUGUUGGAAUUUUCUGAGUAAUAGAAGUGCCUUUUUUAUGUUAAUGAGCUAACUCACGGCAGGGCCUGCAGAUAGCUUCAGCAUGGUGUCUGGUCCCUGAAAAGACCAAGCAGGGAUUAUUGAACUCUGGAGGGCAGAUCCGAAUGGAGCCAGCAGAGAUGGCUGAGGACCCAAUGGAGACCAGCCUGGCCCUGGACAGCACCAGGCAACAUCAAAGAAGAGGAGCUCCGUGUCGAUUUAUGGCUUCCACAAAUAGUGCUGAUAUGCACCAGGCACUGUUGUAAAACUGAAAACAUGUUUUUGGAUGUGCCCAGUCUCCACUCACAUGAGUUCCAGACCUAGCUCCUUCAGGUAAAGGAUCCUGAGAACUGAAGGCAAACAGAGCUCCAGGAGUCCAAGACAGAGCCACAGACCACGAGGAUCCCUGGCCCAGGCCUUGGACUUCAUUCCAUUUUCUGAUGAGUAAUAACUCAACGUUGAAAAUGUCCUUUGUGGGGGAGAACUCAGGAGUGAAAACGGGCUCUGAAGACUGGGAAAAAGAUGAACCCCAGUGCUACUCAGAAGACCCGGCUGGAAGCCCCCUGGAACCAGGCCCAAGCCUCCCCUCCAUGAAUUUUGUUCACACAAGUCCAAAGGUGAAGAACUUAAACCCGAAGAAAUUCAGCAUUCAUGACCAGGAUCACAAAGUACUGGUCGUGGACUCUGGGAAUCUCAUAGCAGUUCCAGAUAAAAACUACAUACGCCCAGAGAUCUUCUUUGCGUUAGCCUCAUCCUUGAGCUCAGCCUCUGCGGAGAAAGGAAGUCCAAUUCUCCUGGGGGUCUCUAAAGGGGAGUUUUGUCUCUCCUGUGACAAGGAUAAAGGAUAAAGUCAUCCAUCCCUUCAGUUGAAGAAGAAGAAACUGAUGAAGCUGGCUGCCCUAAAGGAAUCAGCACGCCGGCCCUUCAUCUUUUAUAGGGCUCAGGUGGGCUCCCGGAACAUGCUGGAGUCGGCAGCUCACCCCGGAUGGUUCAUCUGCACCUCCUGCAAUUGUAAUGAACCUGUUGGAGUGACAGAUAAAUUUGAGAACAGGAAACACAUUGAAUUUUCAUUUCAACCAGUUUGCAAAGCUGAAAUGAGCCCCAGUGAGGUCAGCGAUUAGGAAACUGCCCCAUCAAAUGCCUUCCUUGCUAACUCAAACUAGUUACAUAAAACACAAAAUCUGCUCACUAA